AUGGCAGAGGAGGAGAGUCCAAGUGUGAUGCCAAAAGUGAUCACUUUCCUCUCCUCCAUGCUGGAAAGGGUGGCUGAGUCAAACGAUCAGAACCAGCAACUCCAACAGCACCACAAGAUCUCAGUGUUCCAUGGCUUGACACGACCCAACAUCUCAAUUCAGUGCUACCUUGAGAGAAUCUUCAAGUAUGCCAAUUGCAGCCCCUCGUGCUUCAUUGUUGCCUAUGUCUACCUCGAUCGUUUCACUCAGAGACAACCCUCUCUCCCCAUCAACUCCUUCAAUGUCCAUAGAUUGUUGAUCACAAGUGUCAUGGUAGCUGCCAAAUUCAUGGAUGACAUGUACUACAACAAUGCAUACUAUGCAAAAGUUGGGGGAAUCACCAAAACAGAGAUGAAUUUUCUUGAGUUGGAUUUUCUGUUUGGUUUGGGUUUCCACUUAAAUGUGACCCCAGGAACCUUCCAAGCCUACUGUGUCCACCUCCAAAGAGAAAUGGUGGUGAUGGAACCUCUAAAUUUUGCAGAAUCCACUCUAACUUUAGGAAAAUCAUUGAAGACCCACUUGUGCUUCAAUGAAGAUGAAUCUUCUCAUCAAAAGCAACAACAGCUAGCAGUUUGA